AUGGCCAGCAACAAUAAACCCACCGACUCUAAAUCCGAAUCCAUUAGUGCUCAUUCGCGCACUUCAUCAUCGACUGCGCACUCAGCUGACGUUAUGGGUGGCCUCCUGCACCCCUAUACGCCCAGCAUCUCUGCGCCACACAUAGGUAACGCACUUGUGCGUUCUGGGAUCUCCAUUGCAGCUCCGAUUGCAAUCGACGGUCUCGCUCUUUUGCCCUCUGCGAUCGACAGCGUCAAUGCAAACAUGCCCGUCGACCCCAUUGAUUUUGAUCAAGCUAGACUCGGUCUGCGAAUACUUGCGUCCUUGCGAGCUGAUCAUUAUGAAAACGAACAGUCUGUGAAUUUUGCAGAGUGCCAGGAUCUGGCUAAGCUGGCGCUGACAAUCAUCGAUGCCGCCGACCUGGCGGUCAAAAAUCGAGCCAAAUCCCGUCCAGUUGCUUUUCGUACAUACGAUCUAGUUCGUAUGCUAUUUGAUGUGUCGAAGGCCGGGGUGGAUAUCAACAGUCAUUUAGAGUUCUCGGAACUUAAACGUGAUUUUUCCAAGAUUUUCGAGAUUGUAACGGCUGUGGGGAAGGAAAAUACAGUCCAGCAUCUUAUCCACCCCGAAGCUGCCAGCGUUCAGCUGGCUGAGUGUGAUAUAAUACUCAAUGGAUAUGUGGACAAGAUCAAGACGAGCCUUCUCAAACACAAGCAGCAGAUGUUAGUACGGCAGGACGCCCAGUUGGCGGAUUUGGCUGUUAGCAAAGGUCAUAUUUCCAAUAUAUCAAAGGUGAUGGUUUUCCAUCUUGAUCGAGUCUUAUUGUUCCCUUCCAAGGAUUCUGGACAUCUUCCUCUUCCACCUUCUCAUUUUGUUGGAAGGGAUGACCUCGUCCAUCAUGGCGUAGAACAUAUCCUGCAGACGCCGAGUGCCCGUGUGAUCAUCCUCGGCCUUGGAGGCAUGGGGAAAACCAGUCUUGCUCUUGCUACAGUACAUGCUGACAGUGUUCGGACAGCCUUUGGCGACAAAAGGUUCUUCGUGUCCUGUGAGGGACUUAAAUCCGGCCUUGACCUUGCCCUAGCCAUCAUCUCUACCCUCGGUGGCAGCUUCAUGGUUGUGGACGAACAAGACAUCUUGGCAAAGCUCUCUCAACAGCUAAUCUACGCAGGAAACAUUUUGCUCGUCAUUGAUAAUUUUGAAACAUUGUGGCUUGGAAGCUCUUCGCUUACAGAGGUGCAAAGGGUUCUGGAACUUGUUUUUUCUGCCCAAUCGCUUGCUUUGAUACUUACAAUGAGAGGUGAUAUACCGCCACACAAUACCUCUUGGAGUUUAAUCCUGCCGCCUGAGGGGUUAGGACCUCUUGCACUCAACGCUGCUAAAGAUAUGUUUCUAAAAAAUGGUCUCCCAAGUAAUCUGGCUCCUUCAAUAUCUGAAUCAGAGCAUGACCUUGACCAACUCCUUGUUGAAACCAAUUGUAUCCCUCUUGUAAUUUCAUUGCUUUCUGUUCUUCGAGGGCAGUUCACCUGUGCAGAGCUCUAUGCCAAAUGGUGUGCGAUAAAAACAGAGCUGCUACAAAUAUCAACCACAGAGCAAACCAAAUUAACAAGCAUUGCUGUAUCCAUUGAAUUGUCUCUUCGGGUUCCUGCUAUAACUGAUUGUGUAGAUGCCACACGUUUGUUAGCAAUUAUUGCCUUUCUGCCUGAAGGCAUUCCUCAUUGGGAUAUCAUUUUGGAAGACCUUGUGCCCGGAAUAGCAGAUCCGUAUGUGGCAGUCGACGUCCUAUGCAGAGCGGCUCUAGUAUAUAAAUCAUCUCAUAAUUCUGUGACUAUGCUUUCUCCAACACGCUACUAUAUUCAAGCACAGAAACAAUUCAACUCUAUCUGGUUGGAGAAAGACCUGGAGAUUAUCUACAAGUUUAUGCAUGACUGUAUGCAAUCUCAGUCCAACCAUAUUGCAUUGCUUGGAAAGGCUAAUAUUUCGGAGAUUUUAAUAAGGCUUGUGUCAAUCAGGCCAACCUUGGAGCUUGCACAAUCUGUACUGAAGUUAUCAGAAUAUUUGGAGUCUGAGCUUCAAAUGAAUUUGUCAAGCAUGGUUGAGCAAAUUAUACCAAUUAUUAAAAAUAUAGAUGCACCAAAGAGUCUUCUAGCUGGAUAUCUUCUCCAUUAUAAUAAUCUUCUUAUGGGCAUGAAUUUAUGGGCUAUGGCAGAAGAACAAUGCAGAAUGGCAUAUGAGCUAUAUAGUCAAUCCAAAAAUCAAUUGGAAAUAGCAAAAUCAUUACAAGCUCAAGGCCAUGCAUUAAAAAUGCAGAGCAACACGGUUUAG